CUCCGUUAGUGCUACCUCAGGGUAAUAAAGUAAGAUACCUCCUCCUUGCUCACGGCACCGCCCGCGUGAUUAGCCUCCUCGCACGGCUGCAUCAGUCGGGGAGACCCCAGACCAAAAUCCAAGACUACGGGCAACCCUCCCCUAGGUUGACUUUGCACCUCGGACGCUGGCCGGUGCUAAAACGGGUCUGGGUAUCGCGAAUCGCUUCCCCCCCCCCCCGCCCGCCCAGGCAAGACCCCCAGCUAGAGCAGAGAGCCGAUCUCCUGCUCGCGACGACCCUGAUUACUCGCACAGCAUCCCACCGCACGCCGGCCUUGGGUACAUGCGACACUCGUCCGUCCCAACUGGCCGUGUGUCAUCAUCGUCAUCGCUCGGCCUCGUACAGUGCAGUGCAAUACGGUCGGGACCGACUGCGGCAGGGUUUCUCUUGGUCGACGGCAGGGAAGCAGGCGGUGCCCUUGUUGUUUCUCCCCCUUUCUCCUCGCGCCUGCUUGGGUAAUCCGUGCCCAAGAUACGUACGGUCGGUCGGUGUAGUCUCGCGACUUAUCUUGCCCUAUAAGCGCACCCGGCCCAAGUCGGCCUAGGCGGGUGCCGCAUGACGGGCGGACAGACAGACGAGACAAGCUAGACGGACUAACCUAGUAGUGCUAGCAGACACACGGCACACCCCAAGGUCUGGCCUGGCCAUGGCCAAGACAUGUUAAUACGCUUUUCCCGACGACGUACGUAUGUACACACAUACAUAGAUACGUGCAACCCCCCCCCGGCCGCCCGCCCACCACGUUCGUUCCCUUGCCAUUUGCACCGUCCGCCAGUCCACACACCCCCCAUUUUAUCCAGAGCGCGCCAUCCACACGCCUCUCGAACCGGCAAACCUUCUCUCCUCUGGCAUCCCACCACACCUGCCACGAACCCUUUGUCGACGGCUAUUCAUGCGCCGGCUCGCUUGCAUAGUCGCCUCGAACACACACGCACGCCUGCGCCCUUCAACUUGCCCCCGACACUCGCCUCGCCUCGCAUUGAGCACCCGGUCCCUCCACCCCCCGUAUAGUUCAUAUCAUACCAUUGUGCCCGGCGCCCCUGCCUGCCCGACGACGACGCUUCACUCACCACCUACCUACACCUACACUCUCACCGUGCGGUGGCCUUCUUGUUCACGGUUCCAUUUACUGAUCGAUUCGCCGCCUCGGCCCCGUCGGCAAACGCACAGUCACUUUGUUGAUUUUCCUUUCUCAACUCCGCCUAGCCCUUGGCCUUUCUCUACUUGACUUUGUUCAACCGCCGCCCCCCGGCGCUGCAAUAAACCCACCACCACCACCACCACCAUCGCGCUUGCGACUCUGCAUGCCUCAUGCACUGCCGACGUGCGAGACCAUAGCCAGGGUUAUCCAUCCACCAGUGCAUUCCAUCUCUCUGAGGCACCUAUCUGCACGUCACAUAGACGAGCCCACCCGCGCUUGCCGGCCUUGACGCACUUCUACGCCGCUUUCCUUCCUCUAGGAGCAGACUGCCGUCGUCUUAUUCUAGGUACCCCCACCCUCAGCUCCCCCCAUGGGCCGACUCCCUUGGACCUCGUCUCUCGAAAUCACCUUUUCUAUUUGUUCAGCCCCGAGGACGGUAGCCCCUGGGGCGCCUCUGCCUGGAGCUCAUCUUUGAAAGGGCACCGGGCGUUCGGACCACCCUCCAUCGCUGGGCGAGAUGACAUCAACGUUGGCGGUCAUGACCCCGUCAAAGCCCCCGGCAGCAAACAUUGGCCUCACCGGCGCAACCGCUUACAACAUGGACGAGAUGGCAGUAUGGGACGCACUCCCUGCCGAGGAGAAGCGCUCGGUGUGGGAUGAGACGGAGAACAACUUCUGGGACACAUUCGAGCGCGAUCAGGAGGAGGCACGCGCCGCCGCCGAGAAGGACCAUUAUGAUGCGACAUUGGAGCUUAGGCUUGACUUCAACUCGCUGUCUGGAAAAAAAUCUCAACUUGCCGAAACGCGCGACCGCCUUGCAAGGGAGCUGGCCAAGGUCGAGCAGGACCUCGCCCAAGUCGCCCAGGCUUGCGAGGACAAGAGCAUGAAGCUUACCGCUCUGGAGCACGAGUAUGCGAAGCGGAAGCACGACAGGGAGGAAAAGCGCGAGCAUAUCUACCUUCAAAUGCUGCAGUUCUUCAAAACCAAUCGCGGCGAGGACUCGGUGAGUGGGCGCGCGUCCCGCGCUCGACCACCGCCUAAGCGCCAACCUCUGCCUGCGGCGAGGACGCCCUCAUGGCAUGACCAGAUCCUGAAUCACGAUGACGAUGCCCCCAUGAAUGAUGCACCCCCCCGUACAAAUGGCCAUGCGAAUGGGUACGACUCGUUGUCUGCUACAGCAGGCACCUCAGGCUCCAGCAACCACGACUCCGCCGACGUGCUUGUCAACGUUGUCGAUGCGGACGACAACGUCAUCGGGCCCGUGAAGAGGAUUGACGGUUGGAACCAGUGGGUGAGAGAGAUUCAGGAUAUGCCCAUCAAACGCGCCGUAAAGAUCCGUCGCGGAAGACGAUUUGGACCUGAUCACCUCAGCACUAUUUACGAACGCUCUGAAGGCAAGGGUGUCAAGUGGUUGUCUUGCAUGAUUCAGGCAACAGGAGAGGUUGCACCUCGGCGAUGCCACUCUUGCGAUAAGAACCAAGGGGCCUUUGAGGACUGCAUCGUUCUUGGUGGCAACAUGUUCCAAAAGUGCGGAAACUGCGAGUGGAACCGUCAAGGCUGCCACAUGCCCAUGGCUAGCAGGUCCAGCAUUGCCGCUUCGCCGCACAAGACACGCGAAACCAAUACGACGACGGAGGAGAUGGAUCGUGACGACACCGCGGCGUCCUGGGAGGCACGACGAGCCGAACUUGCUCGAGAGGCUCUGACCAAGGCGUCAGGGCUCCCAGCCGCUAGCCUUCGGGAGUCGCUUUAUGUGAGCCACGCUGUCAAGGAACACAAGAGUCCCGUUCUCCCGGAGCCCAUGCAGAUGCCGACGCCCCAGGAGCCCAGGGAGCACACGUUUGUGAACUCGACACCUGCUGGGGCUGCAGGCUUCAGGGCCGUAAACGGCUUCACGGCCGCCAACAACAUUCCCUCCACCGGCGGUUUCACCCCCGCCAAUGGCUUCACGCCAGCGAAUUCCCGAAAUAGCAGGCCUCCGUCACGCGACAUCCUCACUCCUUCGGCCAUGUCGGUGGAGACAUCGCCGCAGCCGACGCCGCCCGCUUCCGAGCCACUCGAAGAGAUCACCCGAGCCAAUCUCGUCUUGGAGCACGACGGCACCAGAUAUACAUACCCCGAGAUUGUUCAGGGCGUGCCGCUGGUCAAAAUUGACGAGAACCAUCCGUACUGGGAACUGGGUUGGAAACCCCUGAAGCCGCAGAUCGAGGCGCAACUGGCGACGUGGCGCGAGAAGAACACGCUGGCACUCGAGGCCAAAGCCCGAGGCGAAGGCGGUUCGGCCAAGUUCCAGACCGGGCGACAGGUCAACCGUGGCAUGAAAAUUCUCGAAUUCCUCGAGCAGGGCGAGAUCAGCCCGUAUCAGCUCAUCAGCAAAAAAUUCAUUCACACCGGCAAGGGCGCCAUCACCUCAUAUGACACGCUGUUCCGCAUGUGCGAGACCCUUGCAGAGCUGGCCAAGUUCAAGCUCGACGUGACGCCUAUUGAAUGGAUGCGACACCGCCUGCACGAGCUUAUGUUGCAGAGAGGCGCCAACUUCAACGUGGCAAAGGUCAUCCAUGACUUCUACCACGACAAGAAGCUGACGGCGUUGCGGAUCAAGAAUGGGUACAAGAGCAUAGGGCGUCCCUCUGGCUACAAGCCUGGCCAGAGCAAGACUCCGCAGGGCUCGGUCAGGAAGCGCAAGAGCAUGCAUUCUCAGAGUGGCACGCCCCGCGAGACCCCCUCCCGGGCGCCGUCACCGCUGGACGUGGAAGAAAAUGCGGCGUCCCCAACAUUGACUCACGCGACGUCUGUCCAGACCGACGCGGGAUCGUUUGACACAUUCUCGAGGAAGCGGCUCAAGACUCUGUCACCGCCCGCGGCGGCGGCUGACGAUAGCCUCGACGUCGGAGAGUAUUCGGACGCGGACUCAUUUAGCGGGGCGCCCCUGGCCAGCCACGAUUGGCGCCUCUAUCAAAUCAAGACGAGACUCUUCACGAGCUCCAUCCAGGUGACGCAGUAUUGGAACUGGAAGGAGAAGGGGCGUCUCUUCGAGCACCAGCUCCUCAAAGACACGAAGCCUAUUGAGUGGGGUGUGCACCGACAUCCGAUCGACUUCAGCAUUCGGCUCGACGACAUUGUCGAGGUGAGAUGGAACAUAGACGUGCUACAGGUGCACAUUGUGAUAAGCCGAUACGAUAGCGCUUCUGCCGGACAGGACGGCAAGCCGCGCGGGGAUGUCAUGGCCGCGUUCAAGAGAGAGCGGACCAUUCGUCGAUUUCUUGAUUUCUGCCGAGCAAAGAGACUCCGCACGAUUGAGGUGGCUCCCGAGGACAUGGAGUCCGAGUGGGGCAAGAUGCAAUCCGAACAGCUGCCUGGACCCGGAGAAGAGGCUGGUGCUUCGCUGGAGGAAUAGCUUUCCCGAUCGAAGUGAGUCUCGACUUGGGAUACCAGGGCUUUGGGCCGCGGCGAACGCGGCGACAUGAUGAUAAUCGCAUGGCGCGGAUGGCCCGCCCCUCUUCACCAUUCACAACCUUUGGUUUGGCACGUAUGGUGCCUGCUUCACCCCUCAAUUCUUCUUUUUUUAAUGUCUUUAUUUCACCCCUUACCGGUUAUACCUGCUGUCUUCUUCUCAUAUCCAUCACGGCGUCUUUUUCUUGGUCAUGGGGCGCAGACGGGAGCAGCGAUGCGGCCUAGGUAGCCCAUCUUGGGACCAGCCUCGUCGCUCACUCGCGCGCGAGAGAGGGUUUUUCUUUCUCAUUAGAUAUGGAACGUACGCGCUGGCUGGACGUGGCCUUGGCGACAUGGCGUGCAGCGGCUGCGGGCCAGGAGGGCGACGCAUCGGCGCGAGCGGUAAAGGGGACAGACGAAGAGAGGCGAGAGAAAAGGUUGCGCGUGUGUGAGAUAGAUACCCCAUGGGCGGUUUUUGCUUUGAGAGCGGCACGGGCACGGCACGAGCAUGGAGAAGCGAGACUGGGAAGGACGGACACACAUUCAGAUGGACAACGGACGGAGCGCAAUGGGUUCGACCAGGGGUUCGUUAUUGGACUGGGAUGCGCAUGCGGGAUGGGACCGCCGGGGGCAUGCAAGCGUCCUCUACCACCACCUAGCUAGAUCUCCACGAGAGAGUGUUGAA